AUGGCCGCCUCCACCAGGUCCGUCUGCUCUGACGCUUGCACCAGCUCCUCCUGGCAGGUGGACGACUGCCCAGAGAGCUGCUGUGAGCCCUGCUGCUGUGCCCCCAGCUGCUGCCAGUCCAGCUGCUGCCAACCCAGCUGCUGUGCCCCCAGCUGCUGCCAACCCAGCUGCUGCCAGUCCAGCUGCUGUGCCCCCAGCUGCUGCCAGUCUAGCUGCUGCCAACCCAGCUGCUGCCAGUCCAGCUGCUGUGUUCCUUGCUGUGUCCCCAGCUGCUGCCAACCUAGCUGCUGCCACCCCUGCUGCCAAUCCUCCUGCUGCACACCCUCAUGCUGCCAGCAGUCUAGCUGCCAGCCAGCUUGCUGCACCUGCUCCCCCUGCCAGCAGCCUUGCUGUGUGACCCUUUGCUGUAAGCCUGUCUGCUGCACACCCAUCUGCUCUGGAUCAUGCUGCCAGCAGUCUAGCUGCCAGUCCUCAUGCUGUCAACCCCCCUGCUGUGUGCCUGUCUGCUGCAAGCCUGUGUGCUGCACCCCCAUCUGCUCUGGCUCCUCCUCCUCCUGCUGCCAGCCCUCCUGCUGUGCUCCUGUGUGCUGCAAGCCUGUGUGCUGCAAGCCCUGCUCCAGCAUGUCCCUGCUGUGCCGCCCUGUGUGCAGACCUGCCUGCUGUGUGCCCACCUCCUCCUGCUGUGCCUCCUCCUGCCAGCCCAGCUGCUGUCGCCCAGCCUCCUGUGUGUCCCUUCUGUGCCGUCCUGCCUGCUCCAGACAGGCCUGCUGUGGCCAGAAGUCCAGCUGCUGA